CGCUGCCUCAUUUAUGGGACACUAUUUGUACGAAGUUGGCAGAAGACAUCCUUACUUCUAUGGCCCAGAGCUCCUUUACUAUGCUGAGAAGUACAAUGCCAUCAUGACUGAGUGCUGUGCAGAAGCUGACAAAGCUGCCUGCUUGACACCAAAGCUUGAUGCUCUGAAGGAGAAAGCGUUGUCUUCAUCUGUCCAGCAGAGACUUAAGUGCUCCAGUAUUCAGAAAUAUGGAGAGCGAGCUUUCAAAGCAUGGGCAGUUGCUCGUAUGAGCCAGAAAUUCCCCAACGCUGACUUCACAGAAAUUAGCAAAUUGGCAACAGACCUUACCAAAAUCACCCAGGAGUGCUGCCAUGGCGACCUGCUUGAAUGCGCAGACGACAGGGCUGAGCUUGCCAAGUACAUGUGUGAAAACCAAGCAUCUAUCUCUAGCAAACUGCAGGCUUGCUGUGACAAACCAGUGUUGCAGAAAUACUGCCUUGCUGAGGUGGAGAAUGAUGACAUGCCUACUGAUCUGCCUUCAUUGGCUGCUGAUUUUGUUGAGGAUAGCGAAGUGUGCAAGAACUAUGCUGAGGCCAAAGACAUCUUCCUGGGCAAGUUUUUGAAUGAAUAUUCAAGGCAGCACCCUGACUACUCUGUUGCCUUGUUGCUGAGAAUCGCUAAGAAAUAUGAAGCCACACUGGAAAAGUGCUGUGCUGAAGCUGAUCCUGCUGCAUGCUACGGCAAAGUGCUUGAUGAAUUUAAGCCUCUUGUAGAAGAGCCUAAGAACUUAGUCAAAGCUAACUGUGAACUUUUUGAGAAAGUUGGCGAGUACGGAUUCCAAAAUGCGCUCCUAGUUCGUUACACCCAGAAAGCACCUCAGGUGUCAACUCCAACUCUUGUGGAAGCUGCAAGAAGCCUAGGAAAAGUGGGCAGCAAGUGCUGUGUGCUUCCUCAAGAAAAGAGACUGCCCUGCGUGGAGGACUAUCUGUCUGCAAUCCUGAACCGUGUAUGUGUGCUGCAUGAGAACCCAGUGAGUGAGCAGGUCACCAAGUGCUGUACUGGAUCUGUGGUGGAAAGGCGGCCAUGCUUCUCUGCUCUGCCUGUUGAUGAAACAUGUCCCAAGGAAUUUAAAGCUGAGACCUUCACCUUCCAUGCUGAUAUAUGCACACUUCCAGAGAAGGAGAAGCAGAUGAAGAAACAAACGGCACUUGCUGAGCUGGUGAAGCACAAACCCAAGGCUACAGAUGAGCAGUUGAAGACCGUGAUGGGCGAUUUUGCAGCUUUCUUGGAUAAGUGCUGCAAGGCUGACGACAAGGAGGCCUGCUUCUCUGAAGAGGGCCCAAAACUUGUUGCUGCAAGCCAAGCUGCCUUAGCCUAAACACAUCACAACCACAAGCAUCUCGGUCUACCCUGAGAAAAAAGAGAGACAUGAAGACUCAAGCCUUAUUCAUCUUUUCUGUUGGUGUGAAAUCAACAUCCUAAGGAACAGAAAUUUCUUUAAACAUUUGACUUCUUUUCUCUGUACUGCAAUUAAUAAAAAAUGAAAAGAAUCUA